CUCUAUCUCACCGACCAUCAUCAUGUAUUUUCUUAUAGUCACAUAUUUGCUCGAUACAACAUGAUCAAAACGCCGUUUAUUGCUGUAUUAUUGAUUAUCGCUGCACAAAGUCAAGAUCCUCAGUGUUGUCAUAAUGUGAAUAGCCACCCAGAAUGUCAGGAAGUUUGCGACCAGAUGGCAUUAGAAACGAGCCAUACUGGAAGACAGCGUCAUGUAACCAAUCUACGCACACACUGCCCUUUGACAUUGGGUAUAUUUUGGCAUUGUAUAAACUCUACUGCAUCGGAUAUAUGGUCUGAUGACAGUACCUGGUAUGGUCAACGUUGUUGUAGUGAAGCUAGGAAUCAAGACUGUGGCCAUGCAUGUCAAAGAGCUUUAUCAACAGCAGAUAUUAUGGAUUCUUGUUCAGUUGGUAUUGAGGGAGCCAUCUUUGAUUGUCUUGCCAGAUAUGAAAGUCAACAAAGUUGUUGUAGUCAGGCACCAGCUGGUUCAUAUUGUCGAAGUAAAUGCCUUAUGAUAUAUGAAUUAGAUAACCCAAGUUCAGAAGAUGAGUUGACAAUUAACAGAUAUUGCGGAGGAGGUGAAGGUUACGUACAAGUUCAGCAAUGUGUGCAUAAUUACACAACAUCUUUACCUGUCAGAGACCCUACAGAAAGUUUACAUUGUUGUGAGUAUGCUAGCGAUGUAGCAUGCAAGGACACGUGUCGUAACGUUCUACAAACAAUGUCUAGGGAUAGUGACAUCAUGGAUGGUUUAACGCAAACAUGUGGUUUACCGCUACCACAGAAUCCAUUGUGGAAAUGUUUUCUUUGGAAUUCAGGAAAUAAUGAUCAAGAAGAAGAUAAUGGUUUAUUAACAAAUUCAGCAUUAGAUGGUGCUCACUUGGAAUGCUGUUUUAAAGCAUUUUCUCACACGUGUCGAGACUUGUGUGUAAAGUUAUAUACACAAAAUGGAGCUAAUUCAAAUGAAUUUGACGAGCAUUGCCAGUAUCAACCUGCUGAGACAAACUUAUUACAGUGUCUGGCUGAUGUACAAGAGCCAUGUCAGUUAGGGUGCAGUGGUUUAAAUUAUUGCAGUAAUUUCAAUGGAAGACCAACAGAUUUUUUCCGAAGUUGUACGGCAAGAUCUGAUCGAGGAGCUGAGGAUGAUAUUAAUUUGUGGCAGAAUGGCAAAAUUGAAAUGCCAUUUUUAGAUAUUCCAGUACUAGAUAUUAAUUCCUGUGAACCUGCAAUGUGGAAAGCUAUUGCGUGUACAUUACAAAUAAAGCCAUGCCAUAGUAAAUCCCAUGUUAACAUGAUAUGCAAGUCAGACUGUAUUGCAAUACUUGGAAAGUGUUUAGAUGUCUCAAGGCUAAAGAGAGAUGAAACGGCAGAAAGUUUAUGUACAAUGCUGUCUCCUAAUGAUGAGACAACACCCUGUAUAUCAUUGAGCCAAUAUCUAGAACCAAGUAGUCAUGGAGCAAGAAUGCAUGAAGUCUCAAUUCCAUGCCAUAAUAAUCCCUGCAAAAAUGAAAGUUUAUCUUUACAUGAACUAUGUAGUAUCAACCGGGGAUCCUGCAGUUAUAAUGAUGUAUGUCUUGAUUAUAUGUGCCACGAAGGUUGUAAACUUGGUGAUGGAUCUGAUUUCUUGGUUCCACAAGGCAGUUUUGUGAAUAUUGCUGAUGCACCAUCAAUGGAUCAGGCCUGUUAUAAAGUUUGCAAAUGUGGGCAUAGUAACAUAUUAGAAGACUGUCAGGCAAUGAAAUGUAUUUCAACACAACCUUGUAAAGAAGGUGGACAAAUUAAAGAUCACCACACUCACUUCCAUGUGGAUUGCAAUACAUGUUCUUGUUAUGCUGGUGAGUUGAUCUGUUCACUAAGGCAGUGUUUAUCUGAUGAAAGCACUGCGGAAGAAAGAAGACGAUUUACAGGUCUACCAUGUGAUAGUGCCGAUGAUUUUUUACCUGUCUGCGCUGUGAAUGGUAGGACAUAUCCAAAUGCACAAAUUGCAAAAUGCAUUGGUUUUGAUGAUAACUAUUUUGAGAUUGGUACGUGUAUAUCCAAGGACUCUUGUCAUCCCAAUCCAUGCUUAUCGGAUGAACAAUGUAUAUCACACAAACAAGUAUGUUUACAAUCCACUGAAUGUAAACAGUAUGUAUGUGGUCAUGAUUACAACACACUAGGUUUACCUAGGUUAAUAAGGGAUAAUUCAGGUUAA